AUGCUGUUCCGCGUCAAGACUUGCAGAGCUCGAUGUGCUCUGUUGACAGCUUGCCGAAAUUGCCAGCAUGCCUUGAAUGUCCAUGACCUCAUGGCCGCGAUGGCACAUCAGAUUCCGGCCAUGCCAGAGCGCUCGUGCCCAAAGGGCUUCCAAGUGAAUCCAAGUGCUCCAGUCGGCGAAUCCAUCGAAUCCAUCGCCCGACUGAGACUGGCGCUGGUGGUCGUCUCCCUUUGGCUGCGGGUUUCUCUGCGUGCAUCCAGCAAGGCCGCGCGGGCCGUGCCCGGGUCACCCGGGUCACCCGGGUCACUGCGGUGCGUCGUGUGCACGGGGGGAACGCGUGCCCAUGGGUGCCCCGGGCCAGGCCCAGCAAACCAGCAGCCUGGGCUGGGAGCGGAGUGA